AAACGUCGUUGAGCCUGGAACGGACCUUCAGGCUUCCUUGCCGUCAGAAUUUCUAAGUCAUGUUAUGUCAACAUUCACCGCACCAGACACUAAGCUUAAAGAGCUAAGGCCUGACAGCCUCAGCUAUGUUUCAGUCCCAGCUAAGGAAACGUCGGAGACCUUCAUACGCAACACCACAGCCGCUUGUUAUACGCCCACUGCAAUGGAAUUCCCUCCAUUCUCCAUGUGCGAUUCUGGACUGCCGGAGCAAAAGCUUAAAGAGCCAAGGCCUGACGGCCUUGACUAUGUGCUAGAAGAUCAGAAAGCAGCCCAUACUGAGGAUUCAGGAGCUGCUGGAGGUUCUUUGGCUUUAUCUGGUCCGAAUUCCACGGGAUUUGUCGAGCACGCCGGUACCGCUAAGGGAAUGGCUACAGCUCAAGAUUUCCCGCACAUGCAUUAUGAGCCCGUUGCUGUGGAGUCGUCGCCUGUGAUUGUUCAGAACUCAGAGACUGGAUGCGCCGCUGUCAAGCCUGAAUCAACGGAAGCCGCGAUGAUAGCUCGCAUAGCGCCAAAGUCUUUCACUGGACUUGAAAUCUGUUUUCUUGCCAACUUCUUGACUGCACAAGAGAAGCCCGUUGUCCACGCCGAAGUCACUGAAGUCAUACGCCCGCCAGAAAACUGCGAACGCCCUAGUAGGAGCCACGGACAUUAUCCAUGCCGAUCCCGAGGGCUUAGCUGCAACAGUUAUGACAAUAGUGUUUCUGACCAAUGUGCUCAUCGUCGAUCUUCCAUCCUGCAACCAGAGCCAGAGAUCAAUAAUCAAGCUGUUCCUUGCAGCGCUAGUCCCAGUACACUGCAUCGGCCAUGCGCCCUCAAGUCGAUCUCAAGGGAAGAGCUUGCUCCGAUCAGAUCCCUACCUGCCAACAUGUUCAUCGACCACAGUAACAUGCCUGAGACAUCGAAAUCGCACAAGCCAGAGCUCCCUCACAGGAAGAAACCACCCGAUAAGCGGACUGCAACGCCCACUUCCCCUUCCAAUCAAAUGGCCAUCUGGGAACCCUUCGCAGACAUCACCGCUGACAGAAAGGAAGUCGAUGUGGAACCACAGAAGUCGCCCGUCGCCUACCAGCUCGCACUCCAUACCCCUUGGCAAGUAGAGCCGCCACAAAUUCCACAAGUUCAGGACAAGGAGAUUAUUCGUUCCCUCAAGAGAUUUGGCCACCUUUGA